GGUCGCUUUAAGAGAUAUCUCGGCUCCUAUCAGAGCUCCUGGCAGGACGCCUCCUACCUUCUCCUCGACCAAAAACUCUGCCGAGUCUCACCUGAUGCAAAGCUGCGCGCGGAGUCCGAGGAGAAAGGCAAAUUAAACAGCUGAAUAGAGAGCGCACAGGGAGGACAGAAGUGUCACCUCCACCUGUCCGGAGCCGAGAAAGUCCUUCUCAGCGCGUGCAGACACGCAGCUGCAGACAGAAAGGGAGCUCAGGGCAUCUGCAUGGACCCAGGGCAGCGAGUGAAGUCUGCUGUGACGACUGUCAGAGGUUAAGGAUAAUGGAGCGUUGUAAACAAUGCAAAUAUUAUUCAUGAAGUAAUUACAGACUGUGUGACACAAACAACUACUCCAAUUAAACCCCGGCUUUGAGGUGAGCCAAGGAAAACCAUCAUGGAGCUGCAGCACAGCACAAACCACAAUCAGGCCUUGUGGAAAGAGAUACCGUGGGAUUUCGCAGACGACUGCUCGCUCUCGGUGAGUGGAACUACUUUCCUCAUUGUCGCCUACAGCACAGUGAUGGCGGUGGGUCUCAUUGGGAACUCUUGUCUGGUGUUUGUCAUCACGCGGCACAAAGAGAUGCAGAAUGUCACCAACAUCUUCAUCGCCAACCUGUCAUGUUCUGACAUCCUGAUGUGUAUUGUAUGUCUACCAGUCACGAUUAUCUACACCCUGAUGGACCGCUGGAUCCUCGGGGAUGCACUCUGCAAGCUCACGCCCUUCAUCCAGUGCAUAUCUGUUACCGUCUCCAUUUUCUCCCUCGUCCUCAUCGCUAUGGAGCGCUACCAGCUGAUCGUCCACCCGACUGGAUGGAAGCCUGUGGUGGGCCAGUCCUACCUGGCUGUGGCUGUCACCUGGCUCGUGGCCUGCCUCAUCUCAGUGCCUUUCCUCUCAUACAGUGUCCUGACCCUGCCUUUUCAAAACCUCAGCAUCCCCUUCCCAGUUGGCGACCAGCUUGUCUGUAUGGAGCGCUGGCCUUCGGUUCAAGAGCGACGGGCUUACACCACCUCCCUGCUCAUCUUCCAAUACUUCCUCCCUCUCGUCCUCAUCAUGGUCUGCUACCUCCAUGUCUACCUGCGUCUCAGGAGGAGGAAGGACAUGGUUGAACGUGGCAGGAACACCACCCAAAAGAAAAAUAAAGGCGCCACAAGAAUCAACGCCAUGCUGGUCUCCAUCGUGGUGGCAUUUGCCCUCUCCUGGCUUCCCCUCAAUGUCUUUAACACGGUGUUCGACUGGAACCAUGAGGCAAUCCCAUCCUGCGGCCAUGACGUCAUCUUCUCAUUCUGCCACCUCACGGCCAUGGCCUCCACCUGCGUCAAUCCCAUCAUCUACGGAUUCCUCAACAGCAAUUUCCAGAAGCAGCUCAAGUCCACCCUGUUGCGCUGCCGCUGUUGGGGGGUGGCAGAGAGGUACGAAAGCGUCCCACUCUCCACUGUCAGCACAGAAGUCACCAAAGGGUCAACUCUCAGCAAUGGCUCUAUCAGUAUCAAUACCUAAACCUCUCCAGACAAGACAAAGACACUACGAGGGGCUUCUUUGUUACAUCCUUCUGGCGCUUUUUUUUCUGCAACAUUGAAUCCAAAAGGAGGGUUGGCAUUUUCAAGCCUGAAACCUCCUUAUAGUAGUCCAACAGGACACAGCUGAGGACCAUUUACCAGCAUGGUGUGUUGGUUUCAGUUCAGUUUCAGGCAAAAGAGGAAGCAGAUAACUAAAUGACAGUACAAAGGUAGGACAACUUUUAGAGUUGUGUGGCAGCUGAAGGCACUUUACAUGCGCACUUUUGCAACUGAAGUCUGUAUAGUCCAUCCCUUAUGUGCUUUGGACACAAAAAGACACUAUCAUAUCUUCUUUGAAAGCACUGGGAUGUACUAAGAAGGAUUUCCUUUCCAUGUUUACCCACUGUAAGGGACCAACAAAGAGUAUUGAAAGGACAAAGGGAUUCAGUACUGCAUUGUUUAUUUUCCAUGUUGCUGUUUUAUGUUAAUACUUUGGAUGAAGCAUAUUAAGGGAGUGUGAUGCCCUAAUGAUUAUGGGCAGAGGAGCCUAUAGGGAAGAGAACAUUAAUGCAUAUAACAUGGCUUCAGGCAUUUAUUCAGAUGAUCUCCUAGCGUUAUCUUAAUGCUUUUCUUAUUACCUACAAUCAUCACAAACGAUGUAAAGAUCUUUUCCAGAAAACCUUGGCAGGAGCUAUAUACAUUUAAUGAUCCCUGCCAAGGCCUGAACUGAAGUGUAUUGUGUGUGCGUCCUUUUUUUCUCAUAAAAUGUGCCAUACAAUGACCGUAUGUCAAGUGCCGUAAAACAAAAUAAAAGUGUCA